AUGGAAGGGGGCGCUCACGGUGAUGGUGGUGCACACGAGGCGGGGAGAGAGGAGGGCAGAGGAGGGGAGCAGGGGGAGCAGGAGGAGAGGAUGGAGAUUGAUGUUGUUGAGGCGGUGGUGCGAGGGGCGACGGGUAACAUUGAUGUGAUUGUGCAGAACGACUCCAGUAGCACGGCCGUGCAUGCACGUGGUGGUGGUGCUCGGAAGAGCACAGGCUUGGGAGCGGCUGCUGGUGGUGGUGGUGGUGGUGGUGGUGGUGAUGGGAGUGGGAGUGGGAGUGAGGGGGAGGGGAGGAAGGCAGGGAGUGGGUGGGAGAGUGCAUUGGGGGGCAGGAGGCGGAGCAUGCGUGCCAGUGCUGUGCUGGCCAUGGCCAGGAUUUCUGGCGGAGGAUCAGCAGGAGGGGCAGGUGAACCAGAGUAUGGAAAGGGCACAUUCCCCUGGUGUGUGAUGGAUCAGUGGUACUGGGAGUGGGGGCUCUAUGGCUGGGAUGAUAGCUCCCAAGGUGGUGCCAGAGCGGGUGCUGCUGCUGCUGGUUCUGGUGGUGGUGGUGCGUCUGGGGGGAGUAUUCUGGGUGGGAAGAAAGGGAUAGGGAGUGGGAGUGGGGGAAGGCGGAGAGCGGGAGGAGGGGCCAAGGGCGGUGCGCGUGGGGGAGGAAGUCAAGGGGGGGCGAAUGGUGAGGCGAAGAGUAAGGGAGUGGGGGAUGUGGCGUGUGGGAUCGGCGAGGAGAUGGACAUAGAUGGGGUGGCUGGGGCGGAAGGGAGUGCGGUUACCGAGGUUACUGCGGUUAAUGGAACAGAGGAUGCCACGUGCCUGCUGUGCGACGCCUGCGAUGCGUGCUACCACCUGCGCUGCCUCAACCCGCCCGCUGAAGAGCCCCCCGCAGGGGACGAGUGGCUGUGCGAGGCGUGCGCGGAGGAGCAGUGGGAGCGGGGGAACGCUGUUGUGUUUGAGGAUGAAGAGCUGUGGGCCAGACGCCACCUGGGGGCUGAGGAGAAGGCAGUUGCGGAGAAGAUGGAGAGGGAUGGGCGCGCUGUGGAUGAUGAAGGACUCGAGCGGCCUGUGUUUGGGCAGGAGCGGGCGAUGAGCGACGAGGAGAAGCAGGCGGAGCUGGAAGCCAUGAGGCAGCGCCUGGCAGAGAGCAAGUGGCCCAUGGGCUGGCAGCCGCUGCGCAACCUGCCCGUGGCAGCGGAGGAGCGGUGGGAGCAGAGCAGGUCAUUGCAAGCAUACAACCACAUCCAGUCCUCCUUUGGACUCUCCCCCAACCCUCCACCACUUUCUCCUCGUCCCACUCCUUCUCCUAUCGUUCCCUGCUCCUUCUCUCCUUCCCCUUUCCUUCCCCCUUCCUUUCCUCCUGCUUCUCCCCCGGUGCGCAACCUGCCGGUGUCGGCAGAGGAGCGGUGGGAGCAGUGCGAGGGGAUUCUGCACUGCGAGGGCGAUGUGCGCGCAGAUGGCAAGACUGCCCGCCGGGACGUGGAGUGCGGCAAGUGGCGCAGGUGCGUGCGCAUGUCACUGCAUGGUGCCACAGGUGCGUGCGCAUGUCACUGCAUGGUGCCACAGGUGCGUGCACAUAUCACUGCAUGGUGCCACAGGUGCGUGCGCAUGUCACUGCAUGGUGCCACAGGUGCGUGCACAUAUCACUGCAUGGUGCCACAGGUGCAUCUGCCACACCCCCCACUUUCCUCCUUUUCCCUUUUCUCCUCCCCACAUCUCAACAUCCUCCUAACACCCCCUCCUCCCCACGUCUCCUCCGCUCCACGUCCCCUCUGGGUGGAGCAGGAGCUACCUAAGAGGGACGUGGAGAGGAGGCGCAAGAUGAUAACUUGUCCGGUGUCACAGAAGGAGCAGCAGGGAGCGGAGAUGGGCGAGUGGAAGGAGCGGAUGGGCGAGCUGAGGGCGUUCAGGGCGCAGCACGGCCACUGCCACGUGGCGCCCAGGAGCCCCCUGGGCGUGUGGCUGCAGAAGCAGCGCAUGCUGCUGCGCCGCAACCGACUCUCACCCGUGCAGCGGGAGGAGUUGCAGCAGCUGAACGUGACGAUCAAUCUGGAGGAUGCACGGUGGGAGGAGAACUUUGCGGCUCUCGUGGAAUUCAAGCGCGACUACGGCCACCUCAACGUCUCCAACGCGCCACACGCUAACACUCCCCCUCCUCCCACCGCCGCUUCUGCUGCUGCUGCUUCUGCUGCUGCUGCUGCUGCUGCUGCUGCUGCUGCUGCUGCUGGUGAUGGUGCCAGUGCUGGAGCAGGGGCAGGGGGAGGGGGAGGAGGAGGGGGGACAGCAGGAGGAGCUGCUGCUGCUGGUGCUGUUGCUGCUGCUGCUGCUGCUGGUAUCAGUGGCGGUGGCGUUAGCAGCAGUGGUGGAGGCAGCAGUGGUGGGCAGCAGCAGGGAGGAGGGAGGCUGAGGCGGGCGCAGGACUUGGCGCGGUUGAGCCAGUGGGUGAAGGCGCAGAAGGCCAUGGCACAGCAGCCGUUCAAGGGGAAGAAGGCACUGCAGCGAAUCUGCAGGCUCCUGGAGAUUGGAUUUGUUUUUUCGGAGGGCGAUUCCUCCUCUUGA